AUGGCUCAGCGUCUCGAUGUCCCUCCGCCCCAUCCUUUCUCGAUGUCAUCAUCGAGGUCGUCAUCCGCUUGGUCAAAAUGGAUGAGGAGUUUUUCCUAUUACAUAGGAGCAGCAGGCAUCACACAGGCUGCACAGAAGAAAUCUCUUCUUUUACAUAUCGCAGGACCAGACGUCCAGGAACUUUUUGACACUUUAACAGUCGGCAGCCCAACUGACGAGCAGAAUGAAUACGAUGUUGCUCUCGCUGCCCUCACCAGCUACUUCGCUCCAGCAGCCAACAUUGCGUUUGAAAGACAUCUGUUUCGGCAGGCCAAACAAGGACAAGAUGAAUCGGUAGAUGAUUUUUGUACCCGCCUGAAAGGCCUCGCCUCAUCAUGUAAUUUCGACAACCGGGAUGAGCAUGUCCGAGAUCAAUUUGUGGACAAGUGUGCGUCGUCAAGUCUUCGACGACGACUGUUAAGAGAACGAGAUUUGACAUUGACAACCCUUCUCGACAUCGCCCGAGCGAGCGAAGCAGCUGCCAGCCAAGCUGAUGAGAUGGAGGGGAAAUCGGCCCAUGAAUACGCAUCAAAAGUGACUGCAAAUCCGGGACAAUCUCGUGGUGAGCGUCGACCACGUGGACCACCGCGUGGACCGCCACCGCCGAGAACGUCGUCGGGAGGUGAACUCUGUGGAAACUGUGGCAGAACAGGACACAGAUCAAGGGACUCUGAUUGUCCAGCCAGAGGGCAAACGUGUAACAAGUGCAGGAAAGUAGGACAUUUUGGACGGGUAUGUCGAAGUUCUAAGUUUCGUCAACCUCGCACUCGCAGCACCCCUGUUCAUACUGUUAACGACGAGGAUCGUCAUUCAGAGGGACCAAAUGAUCACCUCACUGACGAGGAAUGUAAUUUUGAGGUUCACACAGCGAAAACUGUUCUUACUCGCACGGAUAUAGAUAUUGGAGGACACAAUGUACCCAUGAUCAUUGACUCUGGAGCUUCUGUCAAUAUCGUCGACGGCACGGUUUGGGACUGGAUGAGAGGCCGAGAUCGCCGACUUCGGUUUACCAACUUUACCCCCAGUCACAGGAAAAUUUUCGGAUAUGGCUCCAAGCAACAGCUCCCUGUUCUCGGAGAGUUCACGAGCAAGAUGACAUCGGUGGCCACAAAGAAAUCGACACAUGCAAAGAUCGUCAUCGUCGAUGGCAACGGUGGCUGUCUACUUAGUCGAGAGACAUCAAUCACUCUCGGGCUCCUGACAAUACACCCUGAUUUGAAUAAUAUCGAGAGCCAGACUCCAACACGGGACACUUACAGGCAAGAUAUUAUCACUAAAUAUCCUGCAGUAUUCAACGGAUUUGGUAAGCUAGUCGAUUACCAGGUCCAUGUCCACGUCGACCACGAAGUGAAACCAGUAGCCCAGCCUCCAAGGCGCAUUCCUUUUCACCUCAGGAAAAAGGUCGAAGGAAAGAUCGAAGAGCUUCUUGACAAGGACAUAAUAGAACCGAUUUCAGGCCCGACAUCAUGGGCGAGCCCGCUCGUCGUCGUCCCCAAGAGCAACGGAGAAGUACGUGUGUGCGUUGAUAUGCGACGAGCAAACACAGCAGUAGUGCGAGAAAGGCACCCCAUUCCUACUCUAGAAGAAACUCUAGAAGCCCUCAAUGGAGCAGCAGUCUUCAGCAAGCUAGACCUGAAGUGGGGGUAUCACCAGGUCGAACUCGACGACGAGUCUCGAGAUAUCACCACCUUUGUUACACAUAAAGGAUUGAUGAGAUACAAACGUCUGAUAUUUGGAUUGUCUUCAGCAUCCGAGAUAUAUCAGUAUGCCAUUCAACAAGCCCUCAGUGGAUUGGAGGGAGUGAGGAAUAUUUCUGACGACAUCAUCGUCUUUGGAAAGGACGACAAGGAGCACGACCACCGCCUUCACGCAGUAAUCAAGCGUCUGCAAGAAAAGAAUCUCACAUUGAAUGCUGAGAAGUGUGUAUUUCGCACGCCAAGUUUGACAUUCUUCGGGUUCAAAAUUUCACGAGACGGAGUCUCAGCCGAAGAUGCGAAAGUGAACGCGAUUAGGCAAGCGAAGACGCCAUCGAAUGUACAUGAAGUUCGUUCAUUCUUAGGAUUGGUCAACUAUUGUGCUCGUUUGAUUGAAAAUCUUGCUUCUAUCGCAGAACCACUUCGCGAGCUCACUCGUGGAGAUACACCAUGGAAGUGGGAGAAACGACAUCAGCGAUCAUUCGACGAACUUCGCAAUGCUCUCACUAGCGACAAGGUAAUCGCACACUUUGUCACCGGAGCGGAUACCCAACUACGUGUCGACGCCAGCCCAGUAGGGCUGGGUGCCAUCUUGACGCAGACAGUCAAUGGUAUCACACGCCCAGUAGCCUAUGCCAGCCGCACCCUCUCAGAUGUAGAGCGUAGAUACAGCCAGACAGAAAAGGAAGCGUUGGCAGUUGUAUGGGGUUGUGAGCGAUUUCACAUGUACCUCAUCGGCACCGAGUUCGAUCUCCUAACCGACCACAAACCGCUCCAGUUCAUGUACUCCCCGACAGGCAAGCCGCCUGCUAGAGUGGAAAGAUGGGUUCUUCGUAUGCAGCCCUACAAAUACCGAAUCAAGCAUAUACCAGGAAAAGGUAAUCCUGCUGACCCGUUGUCUCGACUCCCCGUGGUCAAUGCACCUAAUCGUGAACGUGACAUCGCAGAGGAUUACAUUGACGCUAUUUUGUCAUAUGCAGUACCCCGGGCAAUGACUCGUAGCGAGAUCGCAAACGCGACAUCCAACGAUACUGAACUUCAACGCGUUAUGGCAAGCAUUCGUUCGAACUCUUGGUCGAAAGACGACAUGAUGUCGACCUUCUACAAAGUGAGACAUGAGCUCUCAGUGAAACGUGGUGUACUUUUACGUGACCACCGUGUAGUCAUACCGCGAUCGCUUCGACAACGCACAAUGAAUAUCGCACACGAGGCUCACCAAGGCAUAGUGCGAUUGAAACAAGCACUCCGAACAAAGGUGUGGUGGCCCCACAUCGAUGACGACGCAGAAAACGCGGUCCGACAUUGCCCCGCUUGUCAAGUUGAAUCAGCUCCGCCGAGAAAAGAGACAAUAUGCCCUACAGAAAUGCCAAAACAGCCAUGGCAUACUUUACACAUCGAUUUGUGUGGUCCGCUUCCGAACGGAAAAUCUCUCUUGGUGGUCGUCGACAACGCCUCCAGAUGGCCUGAGGUAGAUAUCAUCACUUCGACGACAACCGGAUCCAUCAUUACCCGCCUACGACGCAUUUUCGCUACUCAUGGUAUCCCCAACACCAUCGUUAGUGACAAUGGUCCGCAGUUCGUGUCCGCGGAAUUCAAAGAAUACUUGCGCGACAACGGUAUCGAACAUCGACGCGUGGCACCGUACCAUCCGCAAGCGAACGCGACAGUAGAGCGAUUUAAUGCGACGGUUCUUCGUGCUCUCCGACGAGCUCGACAAGAAGGAAGAGAAUUGAACGAAGCCUUACAGUCAUUUCUACUUGUAUAUCGAACCACCCCACAUGCCGCUACAAAAGCGACCCCAGCUCGCCUUCUGUGUAAUCGCGAAUUUCGCACCAAAAUGCCAUCGGUGUCGAAAUCGAAAAUGAGCAAGGAGUUCAGAAAAGCUAGAAAGUCUGAUUCUGCCUACAAAAACAAAAUGAGUGUUGCUGAUAAAGCUGAGUCUAAGAGGAAUACAUCAGCAAUUAACAUAGGAGAUCAGGUGAUUAUACUAAGGCCCAGGCCUAACAAAAUGGCCCCAAGAUAUGAUCCACAACCGUGGAAAGUUGUCAAAAUUAAAGGAAAUUGUGUCGAAAUCACCCGGAAUAAUCAAUCAACGAUGCGGCACUUGUCUAAAGUGAAGCGCUACCAUGGACACGACGAACAUCUACGCGAUAACGACGUCGGUAGCGACAUCGAGGAUGAUUACGUGCCUCCUCAACCGCAUCUUAACGACAACAGCUCUUCAACCGCACCCCGCCGGUCAACGAGAGAGCGAAGGGAACCCAGUCGUCUUAAUUACUAUGACAGAGGGAACCCCCUAGUUUGA